CUGGCUCCCUGGCUCCCUGCUCCUUGGCUCCCAGGUUCCCAGGCUCCCAGAGCCUUGCGCGGAGCCUAUUCUCAAAGCGCAGCCUAGGCGGGUGGGUGUCAGGACGCGGGAGGCAGUGUCGUCGGAUCCGAUCUCAGCCUGCAGCCCUGCUGAACCUGGAGGCCGCCCGGAUGGAGCCGCGGCUCCCGGUCGGAGCUCAGCCCCUGGCCACUCUCGAGGGUUUGGAGAUGAAAGGUCCUUUCCGAGAGCCCUGCGCCCUGACCCUAGCCCAAAGGAAUGGGCAAUAUGAGUUAAUAAUCCAGUUGCAAGAGAAGGAACAGCAUGCUCAAGAUAUCAUUCCUAUAAAUAGCCACUUCAGAUGUGUUCAAGAAGCCGAAGAAACUCUUUUGAUUGACAUUGCUUCAAACAGUGGCUGCAAAAUUCGGGUUCAAGGGGACUGGACCAGAGAACGCCGCUUUGAAAUCCCUGAUGAGGAACACUGUUUGAAGUUCCUCUCAGAGGUCCUUGCUGCUCAGGAAGCUCAGGCACAGCAUCUUGUUCCAGAGCAAAAAGACUCAUCCAGCUGGUACCAGAAGUUAGACACUAAGGACAAACCUUCUGUUUUUUCAGGGCUUCUUGGCUUUGAGGAUAAUUUUUCAUCUAUGAAUUUGGACAAGAAAAUAAAUUCACAAAAUCAGCCUACAGGGAUUCAUCGGGAACCCCCACCCCCACCCUCUUCAGUGAAUAGAAUGCUUCCACGUGAAAAAGAGGCUUUGAACAAAGAACAACCCAAAGUGACUAAUACCAUGCGGAAGCUGUUUGUACCAAAUACUCAGUCUGGGCAGCGGGAGGGUCUCAUCAAACACAUCCUGGCAAAGCGAGAGAAAGAAUAUGUCAACAUUCAGACUUUCAGAUUUUUUGUUGGAACUUGGAAUGUGAAUGGCCAAUCUCCAGAUAGCGGGUUAGAACCUUGGCUGAACUGUGAUCCAAAUCCUCCUGAUAUCUACUGUAUCGGAUUCCAAGAGCUAGACUUGAGCACGGAAGCCUUUUUCUACUUUGAAUCUGUGAAAGAACAAGAAUGGUCAAUGGCUGUGGAGAGGGGUUUGCCUUCCAAAGCCAAGUAUAAGAAAGUUCAACUAGUCCGCCUUGUUGGGAUGAUGCUCCUUAUAUAUGCCAGAAAGGAUCAGUGCCGGUACAUCCGUGAUGUUGCUGCAGAAACAGUUGGAACUGGGAUAAUGGGGAAAAUGGGAAACAAAGGUGGGGUAGCUGUGAGAUUUGUAUUUCAUAACACUACUUUCUGCAUUGUCAACUCUCACCUGGCUGCCCAUGUGGAAGACUUUGAGAGAAGGAAUCAAGAUUAUAAGGAUAUCUGUGCAAGAAUGAGUUUUAUGGUCCCCAAUCAGACCCUCCCACAAUUGAACAUCAUGAAACAUGACCAGUACUUCUCAGCAAAGGAAACUGUCCUUAAUAGUUCGAUGUGUACCUUCUAGAUCUGCAC